AUGAAUAUGGGAAUUGCUGCCAGUUUAUGUUUAUUCUUCUUCGAGCAAUUAUUGAUUGUCAAGAUUCAAGCAAGGGAACAAUGUAGUUAUUAUAAAGUAAAUCAAACACUAGCUACUAUUCAGUGUAGUGAUGAUUGUUGUUCAUUUAUAGCUACAUCGGCUGAAACAGCCUGUUGUUCGAGUAUUUCAUGGAGUUCAUUAGCAAUUCCUUUUUUCAUCGUUGCUAGCAUUUGUUUUCUUGUUAUUUGUUUCAUUUAUUGUCGACCAUUAUGGAAAUUAUGUUUAUGUGGAUAUAAAUGUCCUUGUGGUAAUCGAACUCAAGUUAAUUCAUCAACUUCUGCAACACUCAAUAAUAAUCCAAUUCAUGUAAUGACCAAUGAGGGUUUACCCGAUUAUGAAACUAUUAUAAAAGAUUCAACGAUGAAAGAAAUAACACCACCACCAUAUAAUUUUGUUGCUUCACAUCCAAAUGAUUUUGGUAUUGAAGCACGUGUUCCAAGUGCACCACCUCGAUAUCUUUCAAGACCUAACUCAGCAGUUAUGGGAAUUUCAAAUACUCCCAUUGAAUCAUAA